AGGAAGGAGGCCCAGCGUGCACCCAGGCGGCUGGCCUUUCCUCCCCGGCCCGCCCUCCCCCGAGGCGCCCACCUCAUCUCUGAGCUCUUCUGCCGUCAACCUGUCUGGCCCGGCCAGGCAGGUCUGGGGAUGGGCGGGGAGCCCUGAGCCAGCAUCUUUUCUCCUCCUCCACCCCGGAGCUGGCAGGCAGGCCUAGAGAAGCUGGGCCGCCCAGUAACCCAGGCCAGGAAGCCAGGGGGUCCCUGGUGGGGGUGACCCCCACGACGAGGGAGGCCCUUCCCGCCGGCUGCCAGGAGCCCUCCCCAGAGCAGCCGGGCUGGGGUUCCUCCUGAGGCAGGGGCAGGGGCAGGGGCGAUGCCGCCUCGUGCCCACUGAGGCCCCGCCAUGGCCCGCUCGCUCACCUGGCGCUGCUGUCCCUGGUGUCUGACCGAGGACGAGAAGUCGGCAGCCCGGAUCGACCAGGAGAUCAACAAGAUCCUCCUGGAGCAGAAGAAGCGCGACCGAGGGGAGCUGAAACUGCUGCUUCUGGGUCCCGGUGAGAGUGGAAAGAGCACGUUUAUCAAGCAGAUGCGUAUCAUCCACGGGGCGGGCUACUCGGAGGAGGACCGCAAGAACUUCCGGCCCCUAGUCUACCAGAACAUCUUCGUAUCCAUGAGGACCAUGAUCGAGGCUAUGGAACGGCUACAGAUCCCCUUCAGCUGGCCCGAGAGCGAGCACCACGCCAGCGUGAUCAUGAGCCAGGACCCCUACAAGGUGACCAAAUUCGAGAAGCGCCACGCCGUGGCCAUGCAGCGGCUGUGGGAGGACGCCGGCAUCCGCGCCUGCUAUGAGCGCCGGCGAGAGUUCCACCUGCUUGACUCGGCUGUGUACUACCUGUCGAAUCUGGACCGUAUCACGGAAGAGGGCUACAUCCCUACUGCGCAGGACGUGCUCCGAAGCCGCAUGCCCACCACCGGGAUCAACGAGUACUGCUUCUCCGUGCAGAAAACCAACCUGCGGAUCGUGGACGUCGGGGGCCAGAAGUCAGAACGCAAGAAGUGGAUCCAUUGCUUCGAGAAUGUGAUUGCCCUCAUCUACCUGGCCUCGCUGAGUGAAUAUGACCAGUGUUUGGAGGAGAACAACCAAGAGAACCGAAUGAAGGAGAGUCUGGCCCUGUUUGGGACCAUCCUGGAACUGCCCUGGUUCAAAAGCACUUCCGUCAUCCUCUUCCUCAACAAAACCGACAUCCUGGAGGAGAAGAUCCCCACCUCCCACCUGGCUACCUACUUCCCCAGUUUCCGGGGCCCCAAGCAGGACGCGGAGGCAGCCAAGAAGUUCAUUCUGGACAUGUACACCCGCAUGUACGCCGGCUGCGUGGACGGUGCCGACGGGGGAAGGAAGGGCCCGCGCUCCCGCCGCCUCUUCAGCCACUACACGUGCGCCACGGACACACAGAACAUCCGCAAGGUUUUCAAGGACGUACGGGACUCGGUCCUGGCCCGCUACCUGGACGAGAUCAACCUGCUCUGACCCAGGCCUGCCGCUCCGAACUCGGACCCGCUCCGAACUCGGAACCUGCGGGCAGGGGGCGCGGGGCGGGCCGGCGCUCAGUUAGCCCAGAUGCCCCAUGUCGCUGCAGCCCCAGACCCAGGUGGAGGAAGGACCACGAGUGAGCCGGCGUGGAAGGCCGGUCGCUACCCCCUUCCUUCUCCGCCCCUCGUCAGGACAGCCUCUGGAUCCCCCUUCCCUCGAUUCACUUUACCUCCUCGGAGAGAAAACACAGUGGCCGUUUAGGAGGCCAAGGUGCAGGAAAGGGUGGAAAGAGCAAGGGAUCCAGGACUUGAGUGGGUGGGGCUCUCUCAGGACCCCCCUGUAGGUAUGUCCUCUCUUAGGCAGAGACCCUUUGGGGCUUCUGUGCCGGCCCCGGGAUGGGGGGAGUGGUCCUUCAUGCCGGGGACGCGGGAUCUGGCGCCCCCUAGCGGACAGGAGCCGCCAUCCCAGCCUGAGGUCUGGGCAGCUCAGGGACUUCCGUUUUCUUGGGAGAAAGAGACGCCCUUUCAGAGCCUCUUGGCUCAAAGUGUGUCUUGCCCCGGUUUGCAGAUGAAGGAAACCGAGGUCCACAGGUAUACCCCUUCCUUCCUAGGCUGGAGGCCGGGAGCACUGCAUCUUACAACCUUCUGUAUUUAUUCCCUCACCUUCUGCAUGGCCCCUUGCAGGGUGGACAUUAAAGAAAUGACAUUCUGGA